CAUACCGAUACGGAGCGGUACAUAGCUUACAGGUCAUAAAAAAUAUUAUUUCACAAUCUCAUUUCGAUUCGUGGGAUAUAAAUUGGAAGAUUCAGACUGCAAAUUUCCCAGUGAUGAAGAGCAACAAUAUUGAAGAGGAGAAAGGAUUUGAUCGCCUCAUAGAGGUCUCAAACAAGCGAGCGGAAUGGGCAACCCUCGCACUUACAGAGAAACUUAAGAUCCUAGAGGAAAURCUUGUCACCAUAACGAAGGAAAUCGAAUACGAUGAUUGGAAAAGCUUUGGCAAGUCUACUGCGGAAAUGAUGGGUUACGAUACCCGUGAGACGAUUGAAGGAGAUUUGAUAGCCACAAAAGAGGUAUUGGCGAUGWCCCUGACCGCUAAAACCGAAACAGAGAACUUGAUCAUGGCUUACAAGAUUCGUGCAGGCCUCACGGAACCCCCGAAAAAGUUUACCAAGGGAAACUUUGAAACGAGAACUGCGAUCAAUGGACAAGUUGUAGUCAAGACGCAUCCAAUUAUUCCGGAAGAUAAGGCAGGAUUUCUCCCUCAUUUUGAAGCUGAGGUUUGGAUGGAUGCAUCGAAAAUCAAAGACGCUUCGCAAGUGGAAGCUUUCGCUUUUGACAAAGCCUGGGAGCAUUCUGUUGGCGAAGAAGGCGGUUUGAUGAUGUUGUUUGGCGCCGGAAAUCAGGCGAUUUUGACAUUCGUCGACAUCAUGGAGGGCCUCUUCAAACGCAAUUAUGUUGGGUACGUGAAACAGCAUCCCAUUCGCAACUUUACGAAUGAUUUUUUUUCGAGGCUUAUGGCUCCGCUCAUAUCCAGAGGGUACUUAGCGAUUGAAGCCCACACAUCGAUCGAGCGUGCAUCAGCAUUGGUCUACCAUCCACUUGUGGAUGCAUUCCACAUUACAGGUGGAAAGUCUACCCAUGACCUGUUAGUCUGGGGAGCGGAUCCGAAGGAACGGGAAGAGAAUCUCAAAGCAAACACACCAAAAAUCAAAGUUGCCACCUCCGAACUUGGUGCCGUUUCGCCAUGGGUGGUUGUGCCCGGAAACUAUACAACGGCAGAAAUGAAAUCUCAAGUAGCGGUUAWGGCAAAUUUCAGUACGUGCGGUUUUGUGUUCAUUCUGACAGUAUCAAUAAUGUGGAGUAUGAACUGCUUUAGCGUCAAGGACUCAACAURCUCAUUUUCUUUUCUUCCAAUUCUAUAUUGUGGUAAUCGACACGUUAUGUAGUUCAUUCAAAUGCAUCUUGCAACUGUAUGGCUCCGAAAUGUAUURUGGUGGCCGACGAGUGGGACCAGAAGGACGAAUACCUUCAGCUUUUGGACGACGAAUUGGCGCAUCAUUCGUUGCCAGUYGCUUACUACCCCGGUAUUCAACAACGAUGGGAAAAAUUUUCUAGCGAGUAUCCUGAUAGCAAAAAAAUUGAAUCAAAAUCUGGGAUGGGAAUCACAGAGCGAAAACUAUCCGCGGGUGGAGUAAACAAGGAGGCGCUGUUGCUGCCUUAUAUUAAAAUCGAGACAGAGGUGGAUCUGAAGUCGGAUGYCGGGAAAGAAGCUGCCAAGAACGAGUAUAUUUUUAACAAUGAACCAUUUUCCCCCGUAUACGCGAUUAUCACUCUCAAGGAUACUAGCCAAACGAGUCUCAUGGAAUUUGCGAAGACGGCUUCGACGUUUUGCAAUGAUUAUCUAUUUGGUACGCUAUCAGGAUCUAUCACGACCCCGCCCUCAUUGCUGGAARACGAUAGUGUUCAAACGCUUAUUGCAGAAAUGAAGUACGGUUGUGUUGCUGUUAACAACGCAAAUGGACUUGGCUACGUUAUCCGCCAUGCUGGUAUGUGGGGUGCCUUCCCAGGUGAAACUCUUGACGCAGUCAAGUCUGGAAUUGGGAAAGUGGGCAACGUUUUUGCAAUUCCUUAUUUCGAAAAAAUGGUGUAUGUAUCACCCAUUAUCCAUCCAGGUAAUUUGGUGCUCGAAGAUGAUUUUGUGAAGGACAAACGUAAGCAGGAGGCAGCUUCUAAGUACUUCUUGUACGGUGGGGUGGGAAAUUUCAUAGAACUGAUUAGUGCCGCCACCGGUGUUGAAUUGGUCAAAGUGGGAAUGAUUGCCACAAGCAUUGCGGUCGCUGCAGGUGCUUACCUGUUCCGACUUGACAAGUAAAAUGUGUCGUAUCGUUGCAGAUACCAAAAGAGAAAAAUGAAUAGUGACAGAGAGUAUUGCAGUGCAAUUCACAUGUUAUUUUUUGACGGAGAUCUUGGAAUUGGGUUGAGGAAGCAGGGAGGUUGCUGUUCCUGUACUUCCUUUCUCCGAUUCAAAAUUGAAUGUUUCACGUGGUAAAUUAAUCCUAGAUGUCGCGAWAAAAUUAGCUUGGCAACUUAUACAUCUUGUGAGAAACACAAAAAACAAUAGGCAGUUAA